AUGCUAUCUGGAGUGGCCCUUCUCCUUCUGGCGGUGGUGUCCGCCAAACCGGUGGUUCCAAGACAGGACACCGAUGCUACACCUACCAGCACUGUGCCGUCUGGUGAAUCUGAUCAAUGCACCAGCUCGACUAGCAGUCAGUGGUUAAGCAUCUGCGACACAACUAUCUUCUGGCCCACGUCAACCGACUACUUCUACGGACCGACAGACGGCCCAGAGGCAUCUGUUGUCUCCUGUAAUGCCGAAUGGGUUGAGUACAACGAACGGGCCACGGGACUGGGGUAUCUCGGAGUCACUUCCACUUCCACGUCCUAUUCACCCUAUUUCACCAGCACCGGAGCUUGCAGCACCGAGGUCCGCCUCGAAGGCCGCCUUGACCCGCAUACCGGUCCGGUAACCACACUCUGUGAUGGAGUGACGCGGGCUCUGGGUCCUCGAGAAACCGUGACAGACUACUGGCCCGGCACGGGUCCCUGUGUUUCCUCCGAGCUUACCUGGACUGAAGUUCUACAACUCACCCGUACACCUUCGUCAAUCCCGAGCUGCACGCUCAAUGUCCAAGAUUGUAUCCCAAUCUGGCAGACCUAUAGCAGUCUUUCGAGCGCUUAUCAAGCCUCGGUCACUAGUACCAUAUCAGGAGACAUCAACAGUCCCAUCGAACCAAGUGCUUGUCCGACCCCUACGAGAGACUACAGUGAUCCAAACGUGUGCGACAACUGCCAUUAUCUCCCCGGUACAGCCACCUUCUUCUAUUGGCCAGUGGCGACCAGUGGAGGAGGUCUCUGUGAUCGAAAUGGAACCACCAUCCCUGCCACCCGGACCGGGGACGGUCCCAACACUGCCGUUGUCGACGGAAAUACAUUUGUAUCCCCCAGCGUUUAUGUCUCUUUUACCGCCAUCUCCGCUUAUAGCAACCAACGCGCCCACCCUGGUGGACCCUGUGGCGGAGCUCAUGAGAACGUGAUUAUCUCUGUCGACCCAGAGGCGGUCACAUCCUACCGCAAUCACAGGAAUGCAAAGUACCCAACAAUCGGAACUGCCUAUCCAUUUGAUUUCUCCGAAUACCAAAAGCACCAAGUUGGAGAAUAUAACAUGCCUCUGAUCCCUUGGGACCAAUACAUCGCUGCGUCUCAGUGUCAGUUAAGAACGGAUGGAUGCAGCAUGGUUCGUGAUGACUAUCUCCCGUGGCUUGAGGUGCCCGAUGUGAUGACGCAGAUUGACCCCCUGUGGACAAGCUGUCAUCGCUCGUGGUAUAUGCCUCCUGUCAGCCUUGUGCCUUUGGCGAGCGACCUAGAGACGCAACCAACGGCCACGGCAGAGGCGAGUAGCAUUCUACCUACUCCGGCAACCCCUUCGUCUGGGCUGGCUGCGCCAACUCCGACGCCUACUUGA